AUUACAUCAGAUAUGACUAUGUGAAUAGCCUAGGAUAGCCCAAAGGAAGGACAUGAUGUCAGAAUAACAUACCAAACAUUUGUGAGAAUCUUGAUGUCUGUUCUGAUUUAAGGGCAAGGCCAGAAAACCAUGCAGUCAUCAGGGCACAGGUUCCGUGAUGUUGAGCACCACCCGCUUCUUGCUGAAAAUGACAGCUACGAUUCCUCUUCCUCAGAGGCCGACAUGGCAGAGAGGGUUUGGUUCAUCCGAGAUGGCUGUGGUAUGGUCUGUGCUAUAAUGACAUGGCUUCUGGUUGUCUAUGCAGACUUCGUAGUGACUUUUGUCAUGUUGCUGCCUUCCAAAGACUUUUGGUACUCUGUGAUCAACGGUGUUCUCUUUAACUGCUUGGCAGUACUAGCUUUGUCAUCGCAUCUGAGAACUAUGCUAACUGAUCCAGGGGCUGUACCCAAAGGAAAUGCCACUAAAGAAUACAUGGAUAAUUUGCAACUGAAACCAGGAGAAGUGAUCUACAAAUGUCCAAAGUGCUGUAGUAUCAAACCUGAACGUGCACACCAUUGCAGUAUUUGCAAACGAUGUAUUCGAAAGAUGGAUCACCACUGCCCGUGGGUGAAUAAUUGUGUGGGGGAGAAAAAUCAGAGAUUUUUUGUUCUGUUUACGAUGUAUAUAGCCCUAAUUUCAGCUCAUGCGCUCAUACUGUGUGGGUUUCAGUUUUUCUCCUGUGUCCGAGGGCAGUGGACUGAAUGCAGUGACUUCUCCCCACCCGUAACUGUGAUCCUGAUGAUCUUCUUGUGCCUUGAGGGUUUUCUGUUUCUCACUUUCACUGCAGUCAUGUUUGGCACCCAAAUCCACUCAAUAUGCAAUGACGAAACGGAGAUUGAAAGACUGAAGAGUGAAAAGCCAACAUGGGAGCGAAGACUACGUUGGGAAGGAAUGAAAUCUGUUUUUGGGGGUCAGCCUUCACUCCUGUGGAUCAAUCCUUUUGCAGGAUUUCGAAUCAGGCGACUUCUACUGAGAGCAAAGAAAGGAGGACCUGAGUUUUCUGUUUGAGUCUAAUUAUGCUGGAACUUGCAAGAAUACUAUAUAAUAUUUAUUUGGGGCCAGAGAAGGCUGUCUACAUAUAAUCUGUGACCAGGUGAAACUGAUACCAGACAUUUGCUUGUAGCAAGCAGUUUUAUACGUUUAUCGUCACAGACAUCUCAUUAACUUUCAGAGACACGAACUGGAUCAGUAAUGGUCUUAACAGCAAGAUAACAAAGGAAAAGCACGUGGUCACACUAAAGAAGCCAAAUGUUGUCAUGCUACUGUAAUUUAUUUUAUGAGAUUAAUUAUCCAUUUUUGUUAAACCCUUUUUAUUUGAUAAAUGUUUGGGGAAUUACCUGUGUGUUUUUAUAAAAAGUAUAUACUUAGGUGCCGUUGUCAAUCAUAAGGAGGAGCAUUAUGGUGAAAGUUGAUCUCAAGUGAGACCUAGCCUUCUAAAUCCAGUUUUCAGGGAAUAGUGGUUUGUUCGGUUUUAAUUUAUAUUUCAGUUUGUCCUAAUAAACAGAGCUGUACUCUCGUGUCCCACUUCAGGCACACAUUCCUCAUAUGCAAGUGAUUCAAAGGACUGGUGCACACAACAGCAUAACACAUCAGAGGCACUGUUACACCCCUGCCAAACGUCUUCCCAGGCUCACAAAAGCAUGUCUUGUGUUUGGCAGUAUUAAUCUCAUGUGGCAUUUAGGUAAGUUCUAAAUCUUCAGUAAACAACACUUCUGACUGACGGCUGUGGGCCAGUUUCUGCCCUCAGAUAUGCAACUCCAAUUCUUAAUGCAUUGAUUCUAGAGGAACUGAAGUGUAGGUGUUGGAGGAUUGUAUCUAGUCCUCUGUGCAGGGGUAAGUGGGAGCAGUGACUGUAUCCUCCUGUGUGAGAUUAAAAUGAAUGUACUGCAGAUUGGAGUUAACUGACUGAAAACAGUUGUCUUUGUAAGGUCUUGCUCUGCCCCUUUUUUUCUUGUACAGAUCUUCAAUGUAGAAAGAUCUGCAAUAGAAGGAAUUAUUUUGAAUUUAACCAUUUUCCAACCAAAACUACUUUUAAGAAAUGAGAGCAAUAUAGAUCUAGAACUGCUUUAUGUGGGCCUGAAAAACAACAGUAGUGCUAAGAAAUGUUUAUAAAUCUGCAAGUGAUGAAAUACAAGCUGUAAGUAAUGAAAUUCAGCUAAAAGUGGAUUCUUUAA